CCCUCCGCCUCUACACACUCUAGGACCCGGCCUUCUUUCAGCUCCUCCCUGCUUGCUGUGUCGUCGGUAUCCGGAAAUUAACAAUCCCGUGAUGUCAGGGGAGUGUUAGCAUAGCAUCGGAAUGAGUAAAGUGCCUCUUUCGUUUCUGCUUUCAAACUUUUUCUGCGGUUACUUACUUCUGUCGGAUAACAGUUUAGCUCCGACAUGAGGCUGCCGGGUCGAAGGCUGUCGGAGGAUGUAUCCUUCCGCAGGGACGGGGUGAAGCCUCUCACCGGACCUAACGGGAUGCCGCUCGGUUAGUCUCUCCGGAGCCCCAGGUCAGAUUUAUGAGCAACACAAGCUAGCAGGGUAGUUCAUACUUUGUGGAGAGUUUAUUCAAUUCCUCUGCUCAGGCUGACAACCGAGAGUUAUGGCGCGCCUGAUGUUAGAGCAGCUGUCAGAUUUCGGGGACUAUGCUGGCGGUAAGGAGCUGACUGAGAUAUUUAAACUGACUAACAAUAACGACCUCAAAAACAGCCUGUCAAAUGUUCGCCUGAGCCCAGAUGGACGUCAUGUUCAUGUCCUCCUCCGCAAGCCUAAAGUUGGUCUUGUGACUUUUGACAAGUAUGAAAGACCCCAUGUUGCCCAGAACCAGAAGAAGCUGGAUUUGCGGCUGACCGUGCCUAUUGUGGAUAUCUUUUAUUUGGACCAUAAUAACAAUAGCAGCAGCAGCAGAGGCGCAGCAGCUGUGGCAGUGGUUUAUGAGAAUGGAAAAGCUGAGUUUUGGAAAUUCCAGGAGUGCAAAGCUGGCUGGCAUCUCCUGCAAACAUCAGAUUUGUGCAACAGCCCCCGAGCAAAAGUGGUGUCUGUGUGUGCCUGUUCAAAUCUGAUCAUCUGGUGUGAGGAGAGGCCACCUUCAGAGAGCACCCCUGCCCUCAGCUCCACAAGGAAUAAGCUGAGAUACUGUGUUUGCAGACGAGACUUCGAGGUGGAGGAGGGGGCUGUCAGUCUGGGGGGAGUGAAAAUCGCCCUCCACAAUAAUCCUAAAUUCACUGUGGUCAGCUCGGGUGAAUAUGUGCAUCUUCUUCCUGAUGUGAAAGUGAAGCCGCAGUUGUGUAUCUCCAAAUUCUUUCUCUCCUGGUCCCCUCGCCAUGACACCUUCACAGUCAGCACCACGUGUAACAACACUCCCCUGAAAAAGCUUUCGGCUAAAGAGUCUGACUUGAAGAGGUUGGUGACAGACUGUUUGGGAUACUUAUCGACUCUUCAACCACCUGAGAUCUACGACUUCUCCCCUACAGGAUGUGGAGGCCUGCUGCUGCUGCUCAGCACGGGGUGGGUGUGUCUUCUGCAGAAAGAUGGGACACUGAGACAUGUAUACAAACUGGCAGAAAACUGCAUGGUAAAAUGUGGCACUCCUCAAACAAGCCUAUGCAUGUACCAGGAUACACUGGCUCUGCUGAUGGGGCAAAACCUGCACCUGAUCGACGUGAACUGUGGCAGAGAGAUGGAAAAGAUAACGCUGAAGAAAGAGGGGUUAUUGUAUGUAAACAGAGCUGAAAGAUGCGCCCCUCACCUGCUCUCGGAAACUGGACUUUUUGUGGUUGUGAACAGAGAGACGAAUUCCCGAGAUGUCAACAACUUGAAGCCUUUUGGUGUCGACUCAGUGGAGAGUAUUCACCCUGGAGAGCUCCUGGUAGAGGCUGUGUUUGAGGAGGCCUGUAAAUACUACCAGCAGAGGAGCCUGAGCAGCACUCGGCUAACUGUAGACACACUAAAGAAAGGGGGCAGGUUCCAGGCCCCCAUCUCUUUAUCCACCAUCCUCAGGAACUACCUCAGCACAGGGUUGAGGCAGAAAGGAGCUGAGCCCUUGCAGAACGGAGAUGACAACACAGCGGGGCAAGAUAAACUAAUGGGGUCUCUAGAGGCUGAGCUCAAGGCUCUGGUCUCUCUGGAGGAGGUGAAGGGGAGUUUAGUGAGGGGGAAUGUUAAAGAGGUGGAGGCAGUGUGUGAGAGUCUAGUUGAGAAAGAAGUAGCCAGGCUGAUGUUGGCCUCAGAGAUGGAUAAAGAGGCUCUGCUUUACCUCAACACAAUCUUCAGCCUGUUUCCCUCCCAGGCGUGGAGAGCAGCUCAGGCCGCCCUGCAGCUACACUACAACGGGGAGGGGUCUCUGUCCAGCAGGGCUUCCCCAGAAGUGUGGAAAACUGUCCUCAGUCCUGCCACGACGUCCAGCCCCCCAUCCUCCCUCCCAUUCACAAACGGCGGGCCAAAACACAAUCAUAGUCUCAAAGGUGAUCACGUUGCUAACUGUAAAUCCCAAAUCUCCACUUCCCCCGCCGACAUGCCUGUGUUUGAGCUCCUCUGCUACUCAGUUUUUCAUUUCCAACCCAGCUGGCUGCCCCACUUCCUGGAACUGGCCCAGCAGCAGCAGGGCUCAGCAGGACUCGGGUUGGGCCUGGCCUCUUCUUCCUCCUGGGGCUUCUCCGGUGGGAGAGCAGGGGAGGGCGGGGAGAACAACAUGCCGCUCUACAAACGAGCGCUGGCCGCCUUGUCCAGCCUGACCCCGGACCGAGACAAGCGGCAGGACCUGGAGGUGGAGCUGCUGCUGGUCAGUGGGCGGCCCAACGCUAUCCUGCAGGCGCUGAGGACCCUCAUGGCCAAGCAGCAGUGGGAGCGGGUCACCAUGGUGGCCCAGAAGUUCUGCAAACGGAGUCCGCUGCUCAACAAGGAGAUCUUCACUACUCUGCUGUGCGAGGUGGCUCAGCACAGAGACCUGGACCCCUACCUGGACGUGCUGUGGGCACUGUGCCCUGAGGACCUCACCGUCACCGCCAUUCUCAACUUAGUGCUGAAGAACCUCCCCUCCCCAAACACCCCACCAUCCUCCUCCUCCUCUUCUUCCUCAUUCUCCAUGUCCAGUACGACCUCCUCGUCCCCUCCUCCCUUCGCAGACUCCUACAGCAGCCAGUUGACCAUCGGGCUGUUGAAACCUCUGCUGAAGAAAGUGUUUCAGAGGGAGACCAAGCCUAGCCAGCGCUACGCAGACAUCCUACAGUCACCUACGUUCCCCCCUCCUGCCCCCCCACGCCAGCCCAGGACUGUCUCAGAUCCUAACACAGACUCAUCUCUCGCAAACGACACCACCCCGGAUUAUCUCGCAGAGACACCCGGACAGCAGUCACCCACACACACGGCUGUCCAGAGAGCAAGGGUGGCACUUCCUGCUAACCCAGUCUGAAUCACAAAGACAUGAACAAACUAAAACAAUUCACACACAACCUGACCAAACUGUGAAGCAGCAUGUGUCGACAAUCAGAAUCAGUAUGUAAUAGAUAUAUCAUGAGUGUAAUGCAGUUAAUUGUGAUAUUUGAUGGGGUUUUUAAAAAAAAAAAAGUAUUGAUAUGAAGUAUGACUACUAGAAACUAUGAAAUGACUACUGAAGAUCUUACCAGUGUAAAUACUUCAGGUAAUUUUAAGUCUUAAUGUGUGUAUAUACUGUAUCCACAAUGUUAUUUAUCUCUCAAGCCUUAACUGCACGUGGAUGAGAAUGUGUUUGCUUGCAUCAAAUAAGCUUAGCCUUUAUCAAAAUGCCUUGGUAAUAUAUUGUGUUAACACAGUGUAGUGUGUAUCUGCUCAGUAAAACAAAGCCACUAACUCUCAUUAUUGGGGUUUAUCAAAUGUACAAUAUUCUUUGGCUUUUAAUGUGAGCUGAUGUCUGCUAAUUGUAGCCAAAUGUAGCUGCCUUUCAGUAGUUGAUCAUGCAGUGGGUAAUCUACUGAGACAAGCUGGCCUUUGUGUUUGAAAUGUUUGUUUUAAGUAGUAUGGUUUAGAGGAGGAGGGGUAAGGGGUCCAAGGUUCCUUUACUGACUUGGUUUUGUACUUAACAUAUCAUAAACAUUAACCUAGUUUCGAAGGACUCAAAGCAGACCAUGUAACCAAAGUAAAACAAACUCAAUUCCUGUCAUCCAUUUGUCCCUCGAGACUCCAUCUUGUCCUCUUUUCUCCCUCCUAGCCCAACUCACAGGACAUUCCAGACGUAAUACCCAGUAAAAGUGACUCACAGUUUGGCUUUAAAUUUUAAAUUCAAUUUCGGAGGUAAUUCUGUUAGGAUUCCAGUGUGGGUUUGGUGCUCACUGACUAGGUGCCCUGCUGCUUGCAUAAGGUCAUGUACGUCUUCCUUCAUGGACCCGGUGAGGGUAUAAUGUCAUUAGAGAUGUUAGGUCCUCACUUGGUCCUGUUAGUAUUCAUGCUCUGGAACCAAUUGCACUUUUUUAUCAUCCCAGUCAGUAUUGUUUGUACCAUGCCUCUGUUUAAAUGUUUUCUGAUUGAGUGUGCUGUAAACAAAAGUAUAUUUAUGUGCCUACUGAUGCUAAUGUGUGAGCAGUAUAUACAGCUUGUUUUAGAUAGGAAUCUUUUGUAUGUUGAGCCUUCUGAAACAAAAGGUUUUAUUUUGUAACAAUCUUUGGAAGACUACUAAAAUAUCAACCCUGGGUUGGUGAGUUACUGACAGAGAAGCUCUAAAAGUGACAUUGAGUGACAAUCAGACUCCAAAAUGCUGCAGAACAAUCAGAGAACUCUUCACAGCGCUGCUCUUCAUUUACAGAGCCGUGUCACAUUCCUGCUGGGUCUCCUCAGCUUCGCUCACUCUCUGGAGAAAGAAGUGGUGGCAGAAGCAUUAGGUUGUGUUUUUUAAAUGACAUUUUAAUUUCUAAUAUAUGCUGACUAAGAUCUAAUCGUGUCCUUCGAAGCUCUGUACACUUUAAACAAUGUUCAGUUCAGUGCCACGAGUGUACUUUCACUGGGAACUCCCCGACUUCCCCCUACUCAGCCUGACUGAAUCACUGCUCAGAUGUUUAAUAUUAAUUUGCCUUAAACUUUGCUGUUAACAAAUAAGAAUUCCUUUUGGGCUCGACAUCUGUUCACAUCUACAUUUUUAAUUUGUCUACUUUUGGUGGUGCUCUCUAAGCAAAUUGGAAAAUAUGUAUACAAGUAUUUAUGAACCGAUGUAUGCUAUUAAACUGAAGAUAAAACUUC